GCUGACUUGACAGUGUCAAAAAAUUGUCAUUUUGAGAUUAUUUUGUAAAUCCAAAAAUAUUCAAAAUUUUGAGAAUGAUAAUAAACAUUUACUAAUCCUUUAGUAUUUGGUAAAUUUCAGUGUUGCUAUUGACGAUGGCUUGGAGGUCUCAUGGAAAGUCCAAUCUGGAAUUAGUCAGAAAUUUAAGAGCAAAUGGUAUUAUAAAAUCAGAUGCUGUUGAAAACGCGAUGCUAGCAGUUGACAGAGGGAACUACUCAAAAACAAGUCCGUAUAUGGAUGCCCCACAAGGUAUAGGAUAUGGAGUUACAAUCAGUGCCCCACACAUGCAUGCCCAUGCCUUGGAAUUAUUAAAAGACAAUUUAGUCAAUGGUACGAGAGCUUUGGAUGUUGGUUCAGGCAGUGGGUACCUUACAGCUUGUAUGGCCAUUAUGAUGGGGGAGAAAGGGAUUGCUGUUGGUAUAGAUCAUUUAACUGAAUUGGUGGACAUGUCAAGGAAUAACAUCCAGGCAGCGAAUACAGAUUUGUUGGAAUCAAACAGAGUUCAAUUGUUGGUGGGAGAUGGAAGACAGGGCUAUGCUCAGCUAGGACCUUAUGAUGCCAUCCAUGUAGGAGCUGCAGCCCCUACACUACCACAACAGUUAGUAGAUCAAUUAAAGGUUGGUGGCCGACUCAUAGUACCUGUAGGUCCAGCCGGCGGUGACCAACAACUAGAACAAAUAGACAAAUUAUCAGAUGGCAGUAUUCAAAGAAAAAUACUCAUGGGAGUCGUAUAUGUACCUUUGACCGACAAAGAACGCCAAUGGCCUCGACAUCGUUGACUACGUUUAGCUGUUUUUAUUUUCAUCGCUAUUUUUCUUGUUUGCUGUGUUUUUCGUGUAUCUUCAAACAAGUUUCAUUUUCUGAAAACGAACUAGUCAUGUUUAUUCUAAGAAAAACUUAGCAAUUGAAGAAAAGUGUGGGUCAGCAAGAAGGAUGUGAUUAUACCAUACGUUUAGUUUUCGAUUAGAGAUAGGCGACUGAAAGAAACGCUAAAAUCGGCAACAUUGCUUAUGAGAAUGAGGUGCAUUACCACUGUAGCAUCGACGAAUAACUGAAUAAAUCGACGCGACUCGGGCAGUUGCCCGAGUCGAGUCGAAGCAGUGUUGCCGUGUAUUGGGUGUACUCCUAUAUCUAAUUUAAAAGUAAACACACGGUGUCUUGUUGACUAUAGUCCAGCAAAUAUAUAACGAAAUGAGUCAUUUACUAUCACGCAGUUGAAAUGUGUAAUCUGCCCAUAAUCACGUUUUAUUCCCGCAAGGGCUACUCUAUAGGAAAAGAUACAAUUAGUCAGGGGCGGUGAAUGAGAAUAUUUGCUUGCAGUUAGAUUCAUCAAAUCUGUAAUAAAUUAUAUCAUAUUUUGCUUAUAUUAAUACACUCACAGGCACAAUUAAGCGCCCACCUUGUAUUUCUUCCAAUGGUAAAAGUCAUAGUAAUACCUAUACUAUACGAUAAACGUAAGUGAUCAUGCUUAUGACUCAUUUCGUUUUUUAUUUGCUGGAGUAUAGCAUCAUUGAGGUGUUAAAAAUGCGACGAUUUUGUUUUCUUUGUUAUAAUGUGACGUUAGUUUCUUGCAUCUUUACUUUAUAUAUUCUUUUACAAUAGGUUUGUUCCAACACAACGAGAAACCGUCCAUGUAACGAUCACCGUCCUGCGCAGUAAACAAAAUAACCCAUGGAACGCACGUUAUACAGACACAGAACGCAUGGAACGUAUUAUUUUAUAGUAACGUGAUCGUUACAUGACGGUUCUUCGUUGUGUUGGAACAAACCUUAUAAAAACACGCUUACGUCAUUCAAGAUUUCUGACGUCAGAGCGUUGCCAAAACAUUAGAAUAUGUCUUUUCAUCAUGGCCAUGUUUCUUGUACAGUGAGAAGCUAGGCAUCAUUACUUAUUUGUCUUUGUUUUUGUUUACUGUACAAAUAAUAUCUAUAAUAUUAUUAAUUCUUUAUUCUAAUUAAGGAUGUCAGUUAAUAUAUUUCGGCAUCUUAUUAAUAUAUUUCGGAAAGUAAUGAAAAGCGAUUGACAUCAUUAAUUAGAAUAAAGAAUUAAAGAUAUUAGCAAAUACUAUUGACUGUAAUACAUACAACUCUUGACAUUCCCCAUUACAUUUGAGGAAGAAAACAAUAUAGCACCAUCUAGUGGUGUGCGGUGAUAACCAGAGCAAUCUAAUCUUACAUUUAUAAAAUUGCUUUAUUAUUGUUUUUGUAUAAGUGUUUGAACUAUUUUUAUUUUAAUUUAAUUUAGCAAAAUAGCUCGUUAUUCAAAAAUUUAUAAAAUUAAAUUUGAAUGUUUACGUCAAAUUUUACAUUUUCAAAACGUAGUUUCACUUCAAGCCGACAGUGGCGCUAGCGGCAACGUGCUUCCAGAUUUCUGUGGGAGUUGGAUGUAUUACAGUCAAUAGUAUUUGAUAUUAGUUCUACAGUAAACAAAAACAAAGACAAAUAUAUCUGACAAGUAAUGAUGCCUAGCUUCCCACUGUACAAGAAACAUGAUGAAAAGUCAUAUUCUAACGUUUUGGAAAUGGUCUGACGUCAGAAACCUUAAAUGAGUAAGUGCGUUUUUGUAAUAAAAAAACUAUAAGAUGUUUAGCUGUGUCAUCAUCUUCUUUAAAAUAAGGAUCUUUUGAUUGCCAUAUGUUUUUAUUUCGAUCGCCGUUUGCUUUCAUUUUACUGAAUAGGGCUUUUCAAUUCUCAUUCUCAUUUGUUUCGGGCUUUUGUCAUAAUAUAUGUCAUAUAAUAUUAAUAUAUCUAUGUCAUACGUUAUUUGUAUAUACCAAUGAUACAAACCAAAGAUGUAUGACGUAGAUAUAUUAAUAUUAUAUGACAUAUGACAAAAGCCCGAAACAAAUGAGAAGCGUUGAAAAGCUCUAUAUGUGACGUUACUUUUUAUCAUCUUUGUAUAUUGAUCUUUUGAUUGCCAUAUUUUUUUAUUUUGAUCGCCGUUUUCUUUUGGUUUUACUGAAAUUAUUUUACUUCAGUACUUUUUAUUAGUCGUUUUUCAAGCAGAUUUAUAAUAUGAAACUCUUCAUAAAAUAAAUUACAGAAAUUGCUGUUUUUCGUUUCCGUUUUCUAAUUUUGUUCUUAAUAACUCUUUUAUAUAAUUUCUUUAUAAAGUGCUAUCAUGAGCACUGGCUACACAAUACAAAAUUAAAAGUAAAACUACUUUAUAAAAUUGAUAUUGUUUGAAAAUUCUGUAUAUAAGUACUAGCUUGUUGAGUAAGUUUCACGAUUACCACUAUCUCUUCGUUCGAUGGAAAACAUGAAUUUUUCUGAGAUGUGGUAACGGCCAGAAGUCAAAGGAAGCUAAAUCUGACGAAUAAAAUGGAUGUUGCAACAACUGAUUUUCGCGAUCUUUUUUUGAACUGUCUGAGAUGUAGUGUUGCCUUUGAAAAUAUUAUUUUUUCUUUAUUUGCUUUCUGUAAGCCGUAUUUUUUCUGAAAACUUUUAGGUACAUUCAACUGGUCCAAUAGGUUAUGAUAACAAACUGAUCAUUUUGGAGGUAAUCCACCAGCAACAUUUCUUUUAAAUAUCUAAAACAUGACGUUACUUCCUGGUCAUAACCUGUUAAUUCGUUUCGUGACUGAAACACGUUUUAGCCUCUUCUUUUAAUGCGUUUUUAUGCCUUAGACACGGCCACAAUUCCCUUUCCAUUAAAAAAGUCUUCUCUUUUUAUCCAGGAUCAUGCUACCAGAUCUAAGUUUCGUCCAUAGCGAUGAAACCAAGAAUUAAGUUGUGUUUAUCUUUUUUAAACAUUUUCUAAAUGAUGUUUUUGUACCCUUGUUAGUUAAUAUUGCACUAAAAGCUAGGUACAUAACUUUUUGAAACCAAAACUUCAUCCAAAAUAUUACUCACAAUACCUAAUGAGAUCUCCCUCUGUUACAAAAUAAUAUCCUGUAUUUUUGCUAUGAUUUCUGAUGUUGAGACACUUUUUAGGUGUUCUUCGCGUAGAUCGCCUUCGAGACUUGCAUGAGCCAUGUUUGCACCCACUAACCUAUCUUUUUAUGAUUCUAAUUGAAGGCAAAGUGUCUUUAUAUGCCUUUAACGUUGUAGCGCCAUCUAUUAUCAAACGACAAAACUUAUUUAACAGCCUAUUUUAUACAUGAUAUUGGUAGGGUAAAUAUCAGCCCUAACACAUUUUAUUAAAAACCUUUCAGAUUGAUAUGACAGUUUGCAAAAGGAUCGAAAAUGAAUCACAGGAGAACAUAAUCUGAUCCAUUUAACUCCCGCAGAAACAAAUACAUUUUUUUAUAGUUCUUUUAUUUUAACUAAUGAGAUCUUAAUAUUUUAAGAUAGGUACUUAUAUUUAACAAUUAUAUUUUUCUAUUGAAUUACGAUUAUGAAAUUUUACUAAUUGGUUGUCAUAAACCUAUUAUUCUAAUUUUCAAUGACUUACAUACUUAAGAAGAUAGUGAAUAAAAGGAAUGUUAAAAUUA